AUGUCGAUAACUGUUAAGCUAGUUGCGGCAGAGUCGCUAUACAAGAGGGACGUGUUCCGGUCGCCGGACCCGUUUGCGGUGCUGACGAUCGAUGGGUCGCAAACCAAGUCGACGGCGGCGAAGAAGAAGACGUUGAACCCGUACUGGAACGAGACGUUCACGUUCUCGGGGGUGACGGAGAACUCGAUUUUGACGAUCCAGGUAUUCGACCAGAAGAAGUUCAAGAAGAAGGACCAGGGCUUUCUUGGCGUGAUAAAUGUGCGCGUGGGCGACGUGCUCGGGCACCUUGACGAGGACACGGCGAGCGGUAGCCGGCGCCGCGAGGAGACGAUCACGCGCGACCUCAAGCGCUCGAACGAUGGGAUGAAUGUGAGCGGUCGGCUAAUAGUCGUUUUGUCCAAUGUCGGCGAGGAAGGGCCCUCGGCGAGCGCGGGCGGGGGGUUGCACCCGGAUAUGGCGAACGGGCCGUCGGGCGCGCUUGCUGCGAGCUCUUCGCGCGGGUCUGCGUCUCCCAUGCAGUGGGGGCACGAGGAAGUGGUUGCCGGGGCCUCUCAGGGCACCCUACAGCACAACGGCCUGCCUGCCUCUGCUGCGCUUGCGCCUGGCAGCAGCAUUAAUAGCAGCAGUCACCAUAAUAUCGCUAACGGCAGCGGCGUCGCUGCAGACGGUAGUCGUACGAAUCGGCAGUAUUCGUCCUUUGAGGAUCAGUAUGGCCGCUUGCCUCCUGGCUGGGAAAGAAGGACAGACAAUUUUGGCCGUACCUACUAUGUUGAUCAUAACACAAGAACUACCACAUGGAAACGCCCCACUUUAGAUCAGACGGAGUCGGAACGCGGAGACCAGCUUACCGCUAACACGGAGCUUGAGCGUCGACAGCACAGAGGCCGUACGCUUCCGGGAGGCGCAACUGACAGUGGCGGUAUUACUGUCCAGACAAGUGCUUCAGCGACGCCUGCUGUGAAUGGUGCAGCAGCAGCAGCAUUCGCGGUCACGGGGGCGACUACUUCUGGUUUGGGGGAGCUUCCACCGGGAUGGGAACAGAGAUACACACCUGAAGGCCGGGCGUAUUUCGUUGACCAUAACACUAGGACUACCACCUGGGUAGAUCCCAGGAGGCAACAGUACAUUCGGACCUACGGGCCAUCUAAUAAUACCAUCCAGCAACAACCCGUUUCGCAGCUCGGUCCAUUGCCUUCUGGCUGGGAGAUGAGGCUAACCAAUACGGCAAGAGUUUAUUUUGUUGAUCAUAAUACCAAGACUACGACGUGGGACGACCCUCGUCUUCCAUCAUCGUUGGAUCAAAAUGUUCCUCAGUACAAGCGUGACUUUAGACGUAAGGUUAUCUACUUCAGGUCGCAGCCCUCAUUGAGGAUAUUGCCAGGCCAAUGUCAUAUUAGGGUCCGCCGAAAGAAUAUCUUUGAAGAUGCUUAUCAGGAGAUAAUGAGACAGUCACCAGAUGAUUUAAAGAAAAGGCUAAUGAUCAAGUUCGAUGGGGAAGAGGGUCUAGACUACGGUGGCGUGAGCAGAGAAUUCUUUUUCUUAUUGUCGCACGAGAUGUUCAAUCCAUUCUACUGUCUAUUCGAGUAUUCUUCGCAUGAUAAUUACACCAUCCAAAUUAACCCCAACAGUGGUAUCAACCCUGAACACUUGAACUACUUCAAGUUCAUUGGUAGGGUUGUUGGUUUGGGUGUAUUCCACAGAAGGUUCUUGGAUGCGUUCUUCGUGGGUGCUCUAUACAAGAUGAUGCUUCGCAAGAAGGUUGUCCUACAGGAUAUGGAAGGCGUGGACUCGGAAGUCUACAAUUCUCUGAAGUGGAUUCUCGAGAAUAGUAUAGCUGGCAUUUUGGAUCUAACAUUUAGCGCGGACGACGAACGGUUUGGAGAGGUGGUUACAGUCGACCUAAAGCCAAAUGGUAGAAAUAUUGAUGUUACUGAUGAUAACAAAAAGGAAUAUGUGGAGUUAUUCACACAAUGGAAAAUUUGCAGCAGGGUGGAAGAUCAAUUUAAGGCGUUCAUUGACGGCUUCAAUGAGUUGAUUCCAGAAGAUUUGGUUAAUGUCUUCGAUGAGCGCGAGUUAGAGUUGUUAAUCGGCGGUAUUGCCGAAAUUGAUGUUGAAGACUGGAAGAAGCAUACAGAUUACCGUGGCUACCAAGAAUCUGACGAAGUCAUUAAGUGGUUCUGGAAGUGUAUCUCAGAAUGGGAUAAUGAGCAGAAAGCUCGUUUACUACAGUUUACCACCGGUACUUCUCGGAUUCCAGUCAAUGGUUUUAAGGAUUUACAGGGUUCAGACGGCCCGAGAAGGUUUACCAUUGAAAAGGCAGGUGAGGUGCAGCAACUACCAAAGUCGCAUACAUGCUUUAACAGGGUAGAUUUGCCAGCCUAUCACGAUUAUGAUACUUUGAAACAGAAGUUAACUUUAGCUGUUGAAGAAACGAUAGGUUUUGGUCAGGAAUAA